CAUAUUUUUAUGUUUGCAGCGUUGCAUGCAAGCGUGUCUGUGUGUGUGCAGGAUGCCAAAAUCAGAAGCCGUAAAGGAAGGGGAGGGGCAAGGAUAGAAACGCUGAAGAAAUAGAUAGAGGGAUACACAGAAGAGAAAAGAGGACAGUGGAGAGGGGACAGAUGCCGAGAGACCAAGAGUGAAAGGCACACUGAGGAGAGACAGAAAGCGUGAGGAGGAGGAGGAGGAGGAGACGAUCUGCUGAAGGAAGCAGCAGUGUCGUUGAUUUUCAUAGGAGUCAAGGCAGCUGUCCUCUGUCACCGUGACGAUGGGCUGCUGGCUUUCUGGACCGUGGAUGGGCGACCAAACGAUGAAUGGGCGGAGUCUAGCACACCUGAGCCAAAGGGAUGCUCUGCGAAUCCUGGCAGCCAAUCAGCGUCCAAUCACCAUGCAGAUCAAGGGCCAGAGGAGGCGUGGCACAGAGGCAGAUAGGGGAUCCUGGGAGCCCCUUCCCCUUGACCUGAAGCACCUCAAUCUGCCCCUCCCUCUGAUGGGGGCGGGCCUUAACACUUCUAGUCCCUCUUACCAACACAGACAUUAUUACAACCACCUGUCUCUGCCUCAAGAUCACUGUGAUGGCGGACGGUAUAGCUACCUGUCUAGCUCCCCACGGGACACUGUGGACAUUGGUCGCCAGGAUCUAGAACUAGCUGGCCGUCGAUCAAAGGGACAGAACUGCCUGAUGGGAUGCUGCAGUACUAACUUAGAAGAGCAAAACGCCUGCCACAGUCAGACAGAUGAUGAGGAUUUUAUGCUAGAGAAGCCAAUGGGUUUCCUGCCCCUGCACCAUGAGUUGGACAGUGGUCUGGGCUGGACAGAUGGCUCCCUUCACCAGGGUGACCUCUCAGGUCUGGAGACCGAGGAGGGAGGUCUGGAGGACUGUCAUUCACAUGGGGCCCUCGCCCCAGGAGGGUGUGGGGGUUUUGGAGGUGGUGGCUCUCCUUCCUCAGAGUCCUUCAUUUCCUCAGAGCUCAGCGACUCAGGCUUCUAUAGUGUAAGCACCGGGGAGUUCAGGCACUUCCAGAGGCUGCUGGAGAAGCGAAUGCGUCUCUACAAUGCCAGGCUGCAACAUCAGGGUGAACCAUGCGAAAGGCAGGAACGGCGUGACAGCUGCCCCAAGAGCCACCGUGAGCUGCUGGAGGCCAUCCCUGAGGCGCUGACAAUGCAGCCUCAAUGUCAGCAUCUGCAGAUUGGGAUGGAGGAUGGUGCUGGGCCUGUCAUGGACCUGCCAUCACGUGGCCUAGUCAGGGUUUCAUCAGUCCAGUUCCACAAAGCUGAUCGGCCCUGUCUGAACCGUCACAGCUCCAGCAGUGGCGCCCUCUUCAAUCCCUCCCAUACACACACUGCAGUGUCACGAAUGACAGGCCCAGUCCUCUCAACCUGCAGCACUCCCUCUAGCCACCGGAGACCACUAGUGCCAGUGCAGCACCACCAGGGGUCAAGCUCAGUUGGGAUGCUGAGGAGAAGCAGAACAUUGCACCAUCGGCCACCUCCACAAGAGUACCGUCGACGAGCCAGCCACCCAGCUUCCCCAUCCUACUGCGCUGCAACCCUGCACCACUGUGGAGGCGUCGCACCAUGUAACGUCUUGCCACCAGGCUUGCCAGAGGAAGCCGAGCUAGUGACAGGUGUGAUGGCUUCCCACCCUGGAGGCAUGGCCCUCUCACCCCAACAACAUGCCACCACUCUGGGGCACAUCAGAGGUGCCAACAACCAUGAGCGUUGCUAUGACAACAACUCCAACAGCCAGCUCGCGCACCAUGACUGGUGGCACUCACAAGAAAGAAGCUUGAUGCCUGAGCCAAUGUUGGUAGAAAGGAACAGAGAGAUAGAGAGGGAACUGGAGCAAAAAAGGCAAAUUCAAAAAGAGAAAGAGCUUGAAAGGGAGAGGGAGACACAGAUUCAGGAGGAGAUGGAAAGGGAAAGGCAGAAGGAGAUUGAGAGGAGCCGAGUCGGAGAGCAGCAGCACCUCCAGAGUCUUGUCUUGCCUCCUCAGGCCAGUGACGUCAAUGACACAUGGCCAAAACCCGCCAGCCGUCAGUCUCAUGGAAGUGGAGGUGGCAGAGGCCUCUACAGCACUCUGGAAGGUCACACAGGAGCUUGUGCUACAGCUGGACAGGAUGUAAACAAAGGACCAAUUAAUGCAGGUUCAAGUUUAAACCACAGUUCUGGUCUGCAGUCAAAAUUUAAUCCAAACUGUAAACCCAACACAACCACACGAGUCUCUAGGAGCCAGUUGCUUAGAGAUCGAGCCUCUCAGCUAGCGGAUGAGCGCAGCGGGAUGAGCACCGACGAGGAGACCAGCACUGACAUGCUGAUGGGUCGAUACUGGAGUCGAACGGAGAGGAGGGAACAAUUUCUUUUGGCCCGUGAGCAGAGGCAGCAACAGCAGCUACAACAGCUGCAGGCCAGUAGAGGGACUGUACGAGAUGUCGUUAGCAGGGGAGGACCCGUGGUAGGAGGAGGAGGAGGAGCCUCCGCUGAUGAUGGAGGUCUUCUGGACAGCAAUGGAGUCAGAGGUUUUGCAGAAGGCAGGUGCAACACGGUCCUGGAGCUGAGUCAGAGGAAGCUGAGUCGUAUGAGGAACAGAAAGCUGUUGGAUGACUGGACGACAGUAGAGGAGCUCCUGACUCAUGGGACCAGGCUGGACAACCAGGAUGACAUGCUGUGUCCCAGCUCCCUGCUGACAGUCACCACUGUCUAACUGCAUGGACACAGUGUCUAACUGCAACUCUGCGUGUGAAUGUGUGUGACAUUAAGCUAACAAUACAACAUUUUAGCAAUUGUUCUUGUGCUGUCUCUCCGAGGCCAGAUGAGACGAUGAUAUUAGUUUUAACUACAUGUGUCACUUACAGAGAGGUCCAGGACAUAUUUAGCCUUGCUAAGCACAGACUAGCUGCAGCUUGCUUCCAGUCCUUGUGUUAAGCCAGGUUAAACACUGCAAAGCCAUUCAUGUAUUUUUUAAAAAUGAUCCAGGGCAACAUGAGGUAUUUACAGCUAAAUAAUCCUUUUAUGUCUCACCCAGUUCAGCUGGUUUUUGGUCAGUCCAGGAUUUUCAGAUUUGAGUUAAUUUAUGGUUGAUAAACAGAUGGCCAUAAAUUUCAUGUCAAACCAAACCCAAAUUAUGAGCUGUGAAUUUUCAUAGUAACAUAUGGGUCCAUAUGACUGGCAUUUGUCCCCGGUGCACAUACAAUGGAGCGUGCAAUGUUUACCACACUCUGCUGUUCAUACCUUUGUUGCAGCAGUAAUGUGUAGUGACUUUGGAUGAACAAGGUCCUCACCAUCUCUGUAUUUGAAGCAUAAUGAUGAACCUAAUACUCAUUUUCUCAAGUCUCUGGGGAAGACAGAGAACAAGAAGACUGACAGAAAGUUGAAUUGUUCCUUUAAUGAAUGUGUGAAUGGGAGGGAACCUCACUGUCAUUGCUGUACACCACCUCAACUGAUAGCUUUAUGUGUGGGUGUUUGACCACUGUAUAGCACUCUGGACAAAACGUCUGUGUCAGUGCAUGGCGCUUGUUAUAACACACAAACGAACAAGGUCAGAUGAGUGUGUUUGUUUGCAUCAUUUCUUUCAUGCUCCAUCUUAUGCCCCAUUUAUUUCACCGAAGCUCUGAUAGAUUUACAGAGAUUUAGGUUUUCACUUAGAUCCUCAAUCUAAGACGUUCGGGGAGCAAUACUGUUCUACGUGAUGCACCUGGCUGCGCACUAAUGAUGAAUUACAUGCUUUUUUAUCAGCACUACAGAAACCAUCAACUGUAGCAAUUCAGACAAUGUCAACUGAGAUUUAAUGCCAAAUCCUAAAGGUUUCUUUUUUGUUUUUUAACAGAAACUGUUUACAAUUCAAAGGUCAGUGGGAGCUUUUCUAACUGAAAUGCUAAAUAGUGUGACCUGAUUGACUGGCUUGGGCAACAUGAGUAAAAACAUGCUGAUCAAGGGGGUAAAGAGUUUGCCAUGGAGGUUUUUCACAGGUGACCACAGCUUUAGUCUGUGAAAUCAGUUGUAAUAGUCUUUGGGAGUCAGUUUUAUGCUACAUUCACGUCACAUUUUUAAUGCCAUGAAUUACAUGCAGCUGAUUGGAAUAUUUGUCCCACUUGGUGAAAAGAGAACCAAGAAAGUGCCAGUAUAAAAAAAACGAUAAAACUAAUGGGAAGCCAUAAAAUAAAAAUAAAAGCCAUUGCCACUGGCAGUUACAUCUUAAUGUAAUUUAAUAAGAUGGAUACAAUUGAUUCAGAUAAUUAAAAAGGAGCCAGAAGGAGCUGCACAUAUUUGUUACCUUCUGGUAAGCCAAACCUUGUAUUUUAUUUUUGAUCGUUUAACUAUAGGUCACUUCUAUGAUGAGACCAAAUGAUGGCAAUGGACAUUACUAGUUGUAGCUAGUGUUUAGCUAAAAUACACCAUUACUGCUGAGUGGCACAUUCAUAUUGCAAAGAUGUUAUGACAACAUUUCAUUCCUUUCUUACUGACGUGAUGAGAAUGCAGCAUCAGAUUUCUGGCCCUUCCUGGCUCAUGGGUCUCUGUUCUUGGUGUCUUUACUGUUGGCUGGAUGUUUACAAAUCUAUCUGUGCACUUAAUGUUUAUGCAUGUUUACUGAAAUCUACAUGCGUUGACUUUGGUGAGAGAAUUUUCAAGAAAAAAGUUACACCUCAAGACAGCUUUAGAUUAAGUUUGCAGACUGCUGCUGCAUAUGGUUACAGUCAGAAGGUUGCUUACACUCAUCAUAAAUGUUAUAGCAGUUUUGGGCUUGUAAUGAUUGCCUUGAACUGCUAUUUUUUUCCAGACUGACAUGAUUGUAAAGCAUAUAUCUUUAUUGACCUCUAGAAACAAGAACUAGGUGCACAAGUUUGAAUUUAUUUAGGAUUUCUCAAAUCCACACAGGAUCAAAAAUAAACAUACUUAGUCAGAAGCGCACAUGCUCCCACACUAAUGUUUGGUUACAUCUCCACCAGACCCUUUUGGUAGCCAUCAACAAGCUUCAGGCAAAAUUCUGGCUGAUUAUUUAACCACUCUCCUUGAAAGAAUUGGUAGAGUUCAUUAAAAUUGGUUGGUGUCCUGGCACGGACCCUGCUUUUAAGCAUAGUUCACAGAUCUUAAUUAGCGUUUAGAUCGAGGCCAACGAAUUUAAAGGUCAGAAGUUUAAUUUAAACUUGUGCACCCAAUUCUUGCUUUUUAAUGACCUAUACUGUACAAUCUUUCCCUCUGGAAGAAGUACAGUUCACAGAAACCAUUGCAAUCCCCAGAAUUACCAUGACAUUAAGGCCAAUGAUGACUGUAUGUAAAUUUGUGAACACAACUGUAUGUCUGCCCAGAACAGACAGAGCUAAAGUCAGCGUCGACAUUCCACUAAAAGCUGGUAUGAAGCGUGAGUAAAUCUGAAAACUUACUGAUUCCAGGUCCGCGGUUCAGGAAAAUGUGCAAUAAUACCUCAAGCUAGUUUUAAUAUGACAAUGACGGUGUUGUGUACGCUACCUGUCAGGGUUCCAUCGAAUGCAGUAACUUGUUUUCGAUUCAACAGAUGCACAAAGUGACAAGUCACCACAAGUGUACAGCAGUCGUAGAAUUUACAACAGCAACAGCAAAGGUUAUGUAUAUAUUUACGUUAUUUCUUUACAUAGUUUUCCAUGAGAGGGACCUAAGAAAACAACUUUUUGCACAUCGUUUUUAUACAAAAAGUUUUCCCUACUUUUCUGUACCAGGGACCGAGGCCAGUGGAACGACUGUAGAUAGAAUGACAGUGUGUGUUAAUGUUUUCUUUAUAAACUAACAUAGUGAUUUAUGGAGGAAAAAAUCGUUUAUUGUGAUUGUGUUGGACAUAUUUCAAUAUUUUCUUGUGAUGGUUUCAAAACCAAUGUGAACCGUUUUUAUGAUCUUUAAAAUCUUUCCGAGCUACUUUAGUUAAAAAGCUGGUUAAACCUUGAUUUACUGUUUUCAAGAAGUGAACACAAAAUGUGAAUAUUAUUGUCUCUUUAAAUGGAUCAAUUGAAUUUUACUGUUGUUUUGUGUCAUUAAGACAUGUAGAUAUUGAUUUUGUCAGAUGGUGCGUUUGAGGACUGAGUCGGUAACAGGACAUGAAAAUGCCAUCAGACGCCUCCAGUGGUUUAUGAUGUGAUUCUGUAGGUUUAUAGCUGUGUUACGGAGGCUGUAUAUACAGCACAGAGAUGAACACUGUAGUAUUAGUAUGCUUAAAACUCACAUCCACAUUAUCAGCAUUCAUGGAUAGUGGCUCAUUUUGGUCUGAAUGUUAAAUGUGACUUCCAUGAAUUAUGAGUAAGAUAACAAACACUGUAAUGCUUAAAAGUGACACAGACAAUACAGACAAAUGUUUUCUGUCUUCUUCAGAGUGAGAUGUUUCAGAUAUAUAUCAGUUUUAUCUGAUAGUCAGUUCCAGACCCUUUUACUGUGAAGCUCCAUGAAGCUUGAAACAAAGGUUGUAUGACUUAAAUCUCAAUGUUAUCAAUCUGUGAAUAUGAAAUGAAAAAAGGAGAAAUUACAGUUUUGCUGUGUUUUAAAAGCGAAAGACUUAAAGGCAGGAAACUCAUAGACUACUUAUUUUAGAACUUGUUAUUAAAUUCCUCAUGAAGCAAAACUAGAUAGACGGUAACACGGAAAAAAUAGCCCUGUGAAAAAGUAAAAUGGAGACAUAACAGCUGAUUAAUAUCCUCUAUCUUGUGAAUUUUGAAACAAGCUUCUCCUGUUUCGUGAUGCGAUGUACUGUGCUGCAUUUGCACACAGUUCAGUCAUGGCUGGAUUAGCAAUUGGGCAAGUUUAGCAAAUGCCCAGGGAAUUCAGACAGCCAGGGUCCACAACAACCAGGUUUACUCUGUAUUAUUUGGGUCUGCUUCAUUUCAUUUAUCUCAAAUUAAAUCAAAAUCUGCAGAUUGUGAGUACAGUGUAAACUUCUGCUAAAUCAGAGUUUCAGUGUAUAGGUUUAAAUCAUUGUACUUUGUUUCUUUUGCUGUAAAAUCUGCUUCAUUACAUUAUUAUUAUUAUUAUUUUCACAUUUCCAGAAACUAACACAAAGAACACCCACAACAGGAUUAUCUUAAUUCAUUAUCAAAGUGCUGUAAAAAAAAGAAUUUUAAAAUUAAAUGAUUUUUUUGGCGUUUAAAAUAUUAAAAAUAGUAUUCAACCUUAUGCUAAGACACUAAUAGCCAUAAGUUGUAUAAAAAGAUGUCAGCUGAAGGUUCCAGUUUUUGUGCUAAACUAAGAGGAUCCUGCACUUCACAGAAAUUGCUGCUUUCUAAUUAAUUAAUCUCACUCGGAAGAAGACAGACAAAAUCUUUUUUUUUUUUUUUAAAGAAAAUUCAAACAGUUUGAAACCUGUUAAGCAUUCAGUGAGGAAAGACAUGAAAUCAACCUUGCACCCUGUUUAUUUCCCCGUUUUACCUCUUUCAGCUGUGACUCAAACACUCUGAAUAAUGGAUGACGAAGAGAGAAAUUUUCCUUCUCACCCACCCCCCUCAUUCUCUUUGCUUACGUUACACAAGGACACAGAGGGCUGAAAAUAGCGCUGCUGUCCUCAUGUGAUGUGAAAUUAAAAGCACACUGGAGCGGAGAUACUUGCUGCUGGGGGAUCUCAAUACUUGUUUUACUCCAUCUGACAAUACUUCCAUCCAGCUUGCAACACCGCAUCCAUCUGUCUGUGCAAGGGUACUUUUCACUACGGCAAGCUUUUUGGAAUAUAAUGAUGUACAUGUGAUUGUAAUAAAGAGAUU